AUGGAAGAGGAUACAGAUUUUAGAGUCAGGUUUAGUUCUUUGUGUUUCAUUACUGAUCAUGUUGGAUUUCAUGGCACUAUAAAAAGCUCACCAAGUGACUUUGUUGUUAUAGAGAUCGAUGAACAGGGACAGUUAGUUAAUAAGGCCACUAAUGAAUGGAUUAGUAAAGUACUACCUGAGCCAAAUAAUUUUGCCAAAAAAACAAAACCUGAUUUUCAGAAUUUAUCCUUUAAAGAGGGAAGCAACCAAGAAGUCAAUAUUGUCACUGGGUGCUCUGAUGAUGACCAAAAUCAUCAGUCUGCUUCAGAAAAGGAAGAUACUAUCAAUGAUGGAACUUCCAAAGGUGAAGAAAAAGUUGAUGUUUUAAGCAACUUGUUAGAUGAAAAAACUAACGAAUUACUGAAUCACUUUGCCUGUGAUAUAAAAGAGAAGUGGAAUUCUAAAACUGAGCUAAUUGGAUCAUCUCCUGAAUUCUCAUUAGGCAGAAUCCUUGACAAAAACCAGAGGGCUAUUUUGCAUAGUGCUGUUAGGCAGAAAUUCCCCUUUUUAAUAACCGUUGGUAAAAACAGUGAGAUUGUUGUAAAACCAAAUCUUGAGUAUAAGGAACUCUGUCACUUGGUAUCUGAAGAAGAAGCAUUUGACUUUUUUAAAUAUUUGGAUGCAAAGAAAGAAAAUUCAAAAUUUACCUUUAAACCUGACACAAACAAAGACCACAGAAAAGCUGUCCACCAUUUUGUCAACAAAAAGUUUGGAAACCUUGUGGAAACCAAAUCUUUCCCUGAACUCAGUUACAAUGCCGGUAAUCCAAAUGUAGCGAUAACAGUAAGAUUUCGGGAAAAAACACACAAACACAGGAAAAGGUCUCUUUUUGAAUGCCGGGAUCAAAAAGUUAUAUACACAGCUUUUACCCUACGAAAAGAAAAUCUGGAAAUGUUUGAAGCACUUGGUUUUUUAGCUAUCAAACUUGGUGUGAUUCCUUCAGAUUUUAGUUAUGCAGGCCUAAAAGACAAGAAAGCCAUCACCUAUCAAGCAAUGGUUGUUAGAAAAGUGACUCCAGAGAGGUUGAAAAAUAUUGAAAAAGAAAUCGAAAAGAAAAGAAUGAAUGUGUUUAAUAUUCGAUCUGUAGAUGAUUCCCUUAGACUCGGUCAGCUCAAGGGAAAUCACUUUGAUAUUACCAUCAGAAAUUUAAGAAACCAAAUAAAUGAUUCUUCAAACCUGAGAGAGAGAAUUUUGGAGGCAAUAGAAAAUGUUAAGAAUAAAGGGUUUGUAAAUUACUACGGACCGCAGAGAUUUGGGAUGGGAAGGAAAGUUCACACCGACCAGAUUGGAUUGGCUUUGCUGAAGAGUGAAAUGGUGGAGGCUGUAAAAUUAUUUCUUACACCAGAAGAUUUGGAUGAUCCUGUAAAUAGAGCAAAGAAAUAUUUUCUUCAAACUGAGGAUGCUAAAGGCACACUUUCACUGAUGCCUGAAUUCAAAGUUCGCGAGAGAGCUCUGCUGGAGUCGUUGCGCCGCUUUGGCAUGACAGAGGAGGGAUGUAUCCAGGCAUGGUUUUCUUUUCCCCAUUCAAUGCGCAUAUUCUAUGUUCAUGCGUAUAGCAGCAAAAUUUGGAAUGAGGCAGUAUCUUACAGACUUGCAACCUAUGGAUCAAGAGUAGUAGAGGGUGAUCUGGUCUGUUUGGAUGAAGAUGUUGAUGAUGAACAUUUCACAAAUAGUAAAGUUCAUCUAGUAACGGAAGAAGAGGAAUCAGCUAACACAUAUGCAAUACAUCAGGUGGUUCUUCCAGUGCUUGGAUACAAUAUUCAGUACCCAAAGAAUAAAGUUGGGCAGUGGUACCAGGAAAUACUUAGCAGAGAUGGACUACAGACAUGUAGGUUUAAAGUACCAACUCUGAAACUCAAUGUUCCAGGAUGCUAUAGACAGAUAUUGAAACAUCCCCAUAAUGUCUCAUACCAACUAAUGGAAGAACAUGAAAUUGAUGUCAAAACUGAAGGUUCCCACAUUGAUGAAGCAACCUUAUCUCUUUUGAUCUCUUUCGAUCUUGAUGCUUCGUGUUAUGCGACAGUCUGUCUGAGGGAGAUGAUGAAGCAUGAUUUUUAG